UUUUCAGGCAGUACUAGAUAGUAUCAUGUACAAAUUUGGCUGGUAGUCAGUUUGAAAACGGCUCUUCUCUACAUUUGCUGCCUAUCCUGCUGAAUAUUUCCAUCACUUUUUGCUUUAUUUCCAGGUUUGCAAGAUCCACUGUCCUGGGCAGUGUUUAAUUCGCGAUAAAGAUCGAUGAACACUUAUCACCCAAGUGCCCAUUUAUACCGCUUUGCGUUUGAAAUAAACCACAACUCAUGACUGUUGCGUUAAAAUCUUUGAUUUGGGAGGGCUGGCAUGGUUUGCAACAAGGAAAGCAAACUAUUUUUGUAUGAUCCAGAAACAUCUGUGGAGAGGAAAACAUUGUAUGGCGGUACACUGUCGGAACUGUGGAGAGAUGAAGCUCGGUUGGCUGGUACGGUUCUCCACGCUGCUGGCAGUAGCUGUGUAGCGCAGUGUUUAAUCAGGCCACCGCCUACCUAACCCGGACAACUUGCUGGUGUAUUGACGCCUCAUGUAACCUACCGGCAUGCCGCUGUUAGCCUGUUUCUCCAUCCUCUCCAUUUCCCUUCGGCGACGCACCUCCCACACCGGGGUCAGAGGUGACGCACGGGAUGAAGAUGGCGCCGCCCGUGGAGACGGUCCACGUUGCUCGCUGUGCGAACCGCACUCCGCACGCGCUGUCCUGGGGCCGAGGGGGGCGCGUGGCGUUCGCCAGCUGCCGCUCGGUCGUGCUUUACGAACCGGAGAAAGCAAGUGUGACUGAAAUUCUGAAUGGACAUAAAGGAAGAGUUAACUGUGUGCAGUGGGCUCAUAGAGAUGAUUGUGGUCCUGAGACAGAACUUGUGUCUGGAGGAUCUGAUAACUGUCUGAUUGUUUGGGAGUUGCAGAAUUUUAAGUUUGCAGUCUCCACCCAGCUGGAAGGCCAUUCAGGAGCUGUAUGUGCUGUUACAGCUAUUUAUGAAACUGUUAACUUGGAUGAACAUCAAAAACUGCUGAUCGCUUCAGCAGCAGCAGAUUCCUCUGUCAGAAUUUGGACAAAACAAGGUUCUGUGGGUGAAUGUGUACAAACCCUGACGUUCGGUAAUGGAUUCAUGAUGGAUGUUGCAUUAGCACAAUUACCAGGCAGUGAUGCUGUAAUUCUGGCUUGUGGAGGUGAUGAUAGCAAAAUUUAUUUAUUUGUCCGAGAAGAUGGACAUUUUCAGAAAAUUCAUUCCCUUAUGGGCCAUGAAGACUGGAUUCGCGGAGUUGAAUGGGCUCUAUGUGAUGGAAACCUUUUAUUAGCAAGCUGUUCACAAGACUGUUUGAUACGCAUUUGGAGAAUAUUUAUAAGGACAGAAUCUACUUCCAAGUCUUACGAUGGAGGCAUCAUUAAAUUGAAGGAGGACAUAUUUCAUGUUCAGAGUGAUAAGGGAUUGGUGACAUAUGCUGUAACAUUGGAAACCGUGUUAGCCGGUCACGAGAACUGGGUUUAUGGAGUGCAUUGGCAGCCCCCUUUUCAGAAAGAUGGUAGACUUGAACAACCCUUAUCCUUAUUGUCUGCAUCAAUGGAUAAAACAAUGAUUCUUUGGGCUUCAGAUGAAGAAUCUGAUAUCUGGUUGGAAAAGGUACGUGUUGGAGAAGUAGGUGGAAACACCUUGGGAUUCUUUGGCUGCCAAUUCAGUCCUGAUGGAUCAAUGGUAUUAGCUCAUGCAUUCCAUGGAGCUCUCCACCUAUGGUCUCGAAAUAAAUCUAAGACGGGAGAGUGGAAACCAGAAGUAAUCCUUUCGGGACAUUUUGGUUCUGUACAAGAUUUGAUCUGGGAUCCUGAAGGAGAGUUUAUCUUGAGUGUUGGCUCAGAUCAGACAACGAGAUUGUUUGCUCCUUGGAGAAGGGCAGGUCGUGAACAGGUAACCUGGCAUGAAAUAGCACGACCACAAAUACAUGGAUAUGACAUGCAGUGCUUAGCUAUAAUUGGUCGUUUUCAGUUUGUUUCUGGUGCUGAUGAGAAAGUGCUUCGAGUCUUCACGGCUACCAAAAACUUUGUGGAAAAUUUCAGUUCCAUUACUCGUACCCCACUUGAGAACUUGCUCUCAAGCAAUAUAAAUGAUGAGAUCCCUGAAGGUGCAAGUGUACCUGCUUUAGGAUUGUCCAAUAAGGCAGUAUUUCAAGGAGAUCUAGCUGCCAAUGCUAGUAAAAUGGACCAAAGUGCUCUGCCGCUUAAUGCCGCUGACCAGUAUCCUCAGACCUACUUCCAGCCAAUCAGCCUCACAGAGCCUCCUUCAGAAGACCACCUUUUGCAGAACACACUCUGGGCUGAAGUUCAGAAGCUAUACGGACAUGGUUUUGAGAUAUUCUGUGUUGCCUGUAAUAAUGCCUCGACUGUGCUGGCUUCAGCGUGUAAGGCCUCCAAAGUAGAGCAUACAGCAAUUGUUUUGUGGAGUACCUCCAGCUGGAAGCAGAUUCUCACCUUGCCAUUCCACAAUCUGACUGUCACUCAAUUGGCAUUUUCACCAGAUGACAGGUUCUUGUUAGCUGUUUCACGAGACAGAACCUGGUCUCUCUGGAAACACCAUGAAGUGGCUGAAGCUGAUUCAGGUCCUUUUUUCUCUCUGUUUGCACACACUGAUAAAAAGACAUCCAUACAUAGCCGAAUUAUUUGGACCUGUGACUGGACUUUUGAUAGUAAAUACUUUGUCACUGGUAGUCGUGACAAGAAGGUCAUUGUGUGGGGUAAUGUGGCUUUAGCUCGAAGUACUGAAGGAAGCAGCCAGAGUAUUAUCAGGCCAUGUUCAUCAGUUCUGGAUGUAGAAGAUGCAGCCACAGCUGUCAGCUUCAGCCCUGUUACAAGUCUAGAUGAAAGCUACAUUCUUGCAGUGGGAUUGGAUUGUGGAAAUAUAUUACUGUACAAGUGGAAACCACAUGAAAAUAAUUCAGCAAAUGCAGACUGGAUGAAAUGUUUGGAGUUUGACAAAUCACAAUGUCAUACUCUAACUGUUAAGCGGCUGCAGUGGAGACGACCUGUGGGAAGAGCAGGACAUGACGAUGAGAAUGACAGCAACUGGUUACAGCUAGCAAGUUGUAGCACUGAUUACAGUAUCAAUAUUUUCAAUGUUAACAGAAUAUCUCUUUAAUUUGAAUAUAAAAAUAUUUAUAUUCCGAUUUGUUGCAUUUUUGGUUGGUUAAAUGCGAUCAUAAAUUGUAAUUGUUUCCUAACUUAAGGAAAGCUCUGUUAACUACCCAAAGGAAAAUUGUACUAUGAUUGCAGAGAACCAUUAUUCUAGUUUACAGAACAGAGCAAAUGUAGAACAAAAGUACAGUACAAAAUUCUGGAGUUAUCAUUGUCCUAAUUUACAGAACUUAUUUUAAACCUAUUAGUCAAAACCUUUGUAGAAGAGAGCAAUUGAAACAAAAUGGUACAAUAAUUUCUUUCUGCAGUGUUGUCUGUUGUCAAGAAACUUAGCAAUAAAAGUACAUAGGAAUAUAAUUUGUUUACAAUAAAUGUAUUGAUGGAGGAUUACGCUAUUUGUAAGAAAGCGAGUCUGGCUUUCUAAUGUGAGCGCCAUGGUGAGCUUUGAAAAAGAAUGAUGUCCAUAAUUUUGGUGUUCAGAAUGAGGUUUAUAAUACUUUCCAUUCAGUUUCUGCAAAUUUUAACAUCACUUCAACAUGAUCUGGAUUAUUUUUCCUUCCUGUAUUACUGUGUAUAUAGAUUACAGACUAUUAAAAGAAAUGACUCUAAGCAUAAUGUGUUUAAUUGAACCCAACGUUACUCUAUCAAGCUGUUAAUCCUGUUUCUAAUCUCAGACUGUCUUUACAUUUCUGACGAUAAAUAAAGAAUCAUGUUUCUUUAGUUGUUGUUGUAGAACUU